AUGUACUUCCUGGCAAUACCAGGGGAGUUUACAGACUGGGAAGAAGAUGCAAACCUAGUGUACCCAGGAAAGCGUGUGUCGAGUCUUUGGCGCCCUUUCCUGGAGAGGUUUUUGGAGCGUCCAGUCCCAAAGGGAUUCUAUGAUGUCGUUCCGGAUCUGGAACCGAUCCCCAAAUCCACCGACGCUGCAGCAAGCGUGCCGACAACCCAGGCCUCGGGCGGGGUUGGAAUGACAUUGCGAAGUCUUCAGAGUUGUCGACUACUGAUUGGAAAAAUCGGGGUGGUGAACUCGGCGUUGGAGAAAUGGAUCAAAACCCAUGCCCGCAUCUGGAGCGCUUACAACUUGCUGCACAAAGACUGCCGUUUGAUCGAUGCCAGACUGGUCCAAUAUCUGUCCAGCACCUGGCUAGAGCACGACACCGCGGCCCAAAAGCUGCUGGAACAAGUCAAGUUGAAGAGGCGCCGCUGGCUCGAGUUCAAGAGUCGUCUAACUCUUGAAGAAGAUGUGCAGAGAACGAUUCAAAGUCCUCAUGGCGGUCACCAUCCUCGUGGUAUGGGCAAGUUGCGAGGGUAUGAAACUGAAGAAGGAGCUCAAAAGAUGGCCCAGCUGAAGAAAGAUUAUCGACGAAUGGAGGUCUUGGCCUCAAGGGUCAAGAACGAUGUGUGCUCUUUGUACGCGGCUCAAGGAGAACUAUACGCAGAGAUACUGGAUAGCAACCCGGAAUUCUUCACUGUUGAAGAUGCAGGACCCGCGGGUAUCAACCUGGAAAGAACCAAAGGGGAGUGGGAUAUCCACAAUGGGACGGUGUUUAAACUGCGCGUGGAGAAGAUGUUGGGAGGGAGAAGCAAUGUCUCUGACCCGACGUGGUCGUUGCCAGCACGACCUUGA